AUCCACCAUCCUGCAGGAGAGCAAGUCCUUGCUGAAGAGCCAGACUGUGUCAGACCAGGCGGUGGCAGAAGCGCUGUGUGCCAUCAUGCUCCUGGAGGACAGCUCUCCGCGCCAGGCCCUCGCCGACGGGACCCUGGUCAUCCGGCGGCUCCCCAACCAGCCUCACCACGGUGCAGGUAUAAAAGCUCAGGUGUCCUCACUGAUGGAGCUGCUAACCACCACCCUGUACCAGGCUCACGCUCUCUUCUACACCAUGCCUGAAGGGAUGCCCCCAGAUCCAGCCCUGCCCUGUGGCUUGCUCUUCUCGACCCUGGAGAGCACCACAGGCCAACACCCAGCUGGGAGAGGUGGGGUUCUGGAGGAGGAGGUGAAGCUGAGCAGCUGGUUCAGGUACCUCCCAGAGUCUGUGGUGGAGUUCCAGCCAGCCCUGCGCACCCUGGCACACCCCAUCAGCCAGGACUACCUCAGAGACACGCUGCAGCAGUGGAUCACCAUGUGCAGCGAUGACAUCAGGGCCGGGGUCAGCAACCUGCUCGUCUACGUGAAGAGCAUGAAAGGCCUCGCGGGGAUUCGCGACGCGGUGUGGGAGCUGCUCACGAGCGAGUCCAUAAGCCAGAACUGGGAGGCAGUGUGCCGCCGCCUUUUGGACAAGCCUGCUUCCUUCUGGGAGGACCUGCUGCAGCGGCUGGAAAAGAGGUGCUUUUUGUCUUCUUUCCUGCUUCUGUUCCAGACACUGACCAAAGAAGGCUUUGACUCCAUAUCAAGCAGUUCCAAACAGCUUCUUGCCUUAGCCUUACAGGAACUUGAAGUCAAAUCCAGCACCUCUGCCCCAAGCAAGCCUGUCCAGUUUGAACACAACGUGGCCCUGUUCCUGUGGUCGGAGAGCUCCAGCGACCUGCCUUCCAACGCCGCUUGGGUCAACGUGGCAAACCGCGGCCAGUUCGCCAAAAGUGGCCUGUCCAUGAAGGCGCAGGCGCUCACGCCGUGCGUGCAGAGCUUCUGCUCCGCUCUGGACUCCAAGCUGAAGGCCAGGUUGGACGACCUCCUGUCCUACCUUCCCGCCGACUCCUCGGCCACAAAGGAGGCCACUCCGCGCUCUGCCUUUGACCGCUACGCUGACGCCGGCACGGUGGAGGGGCUGCUCCACGACCACUGCGUCGCUUGCAUCCACCACGUCCUGGGCUGCGUGCGCGAAGAGCUCCAGAGCGCCCAGAGCCUGCUGGGGGGGCAGGCGGACGCUCCCAGCGAUGCCAGGCUCGAUGCUGUCCUCUUCAUGGCGAGACUCUGCCAGUCCCUGGCCGAGCUCUGCCCUCACCUGAAGCACUGUGUCCUGGGCCAGUCGGGCAGCGCGGAGACGGCGCUGAAGGAAACGCGCUCCACCAAGAAGCUGGGGAAGGGGAAAGCUCAGGAGGUGACCCCCGUGCAGGCCAAGUGGCAGGGGGUGAAGGCAGAGCUCCUGCAGCAGAGCCUGUUUGCUUACCAGAUCUGGAGCUCAGCUGUCACCAAAGGUCUGGUUCAGUGCUUCACUCGCACGUUGCUGCUUGACACAGCUGGCUCCGUCCUGGCCACAGCCCCCAACUGGGAUGAAAUUGAGAUUCAGGAGGAGACAGAGUCUGGAAACAGCGUAACAUCAAAGAUCCGGCUGCCUGUGCAGCCAUCCUGGUAUGUCCAGUGCCUCCUCUUCAACCUGUGCCAAGAGGUGAACCGGGUGGGUGGUCACACUCUUCCAAAAGUCACCUUGCAGGAGUUGCUGAGGACUUGCAUGGCAGAAGUGCUUGCUGCCUAUGAAAAGCUCAUGGACCAGAAGCAGGAGAAGAAAGCAGACACCUUCCCCAUGACCCAGAACAGAGCUCUGCAGCUCCUCUACGAUCUGCGGUACCUGAGCAUCAUCUUGACGAUGAAGAGCGAGGAAGCAAAAACCGGCAGGAUCAAGCACGACUCCGGGAUUGAGAAGGUGACCGACUUCCUGGAGGGACACAUCGAUCCCUUCGAUCUGGACGUUUUUACUCCCCACUUGAACAGCAACCUGAAUCGCCUGGUUCAGAGAACCUCCGUUCUCUUCGGCUUGCUGACCGGCACAGAGAACCAGUACGCGAGCAGGAGCGGUGCUCUGAGCUCCCAGGAGCUCCACAACAUCUUGCCGUUGGCAUCCAGCCAGAUCAGAUUCGGACUCCUACCACUGAGUAUGUCGAGCUCGCGAAAGAGCAAGUCUGCUACCAGGAGCACAGAAAGAGUUCAGGUUCCACCUCCUGUACUCACAAGAGCAGAAGACGAGGCGUCGCGCCCUGGCUCUCUGUUCAGGCAGCUCGUCACCGAGGAGGAAGAUGCUGCUCCCCCUUCUCUCUUCAAGCUGGGCUGGCUUUCUGGCAUGACCAAGUGAUGCAUUAAAAA